CGAUAAUAAAAAAUAAAAGUUAAAAGUAUUGAUAAGUUUAAUUAUAAAUUCAUUUCUUCAAGUUUCUCUAUAUUGCCUUGUUUUUAAAAUGCAGCAAAACCUAAAGUUAAAUAUACAGAAAAGAAGGAACAAGCAGUCACACAAGCCACUAAAUUUUUUUUUCUCUAUGAAAAAGUUGAACCAAAAUAUAGUAGAAAGAGUUCCUUCUCUUCAUUUUCAUAUUCAAAAUGGCUCCCGUCAAGGUUUCUAACACUCCUGUCAAGAAGUCCAAGUUCGUUAUUGACUGUUCUGGUCCUGCUAACGAUAAGAUUUUCGAUGCUGCUGCAUUUGAAAAGUACCUUCACGACCGUAUCAAGGUUGAUGGUCGUACCAAUAACCUUGGUGAUGCCAUUGCCAUCUCUCGUUCUGCCGAUAACAAGAUCACUGUUGUCGCUAACAUCGCCUUCUCCAAGCGUUAUCUCAAGUACCUCACCAAGAAGUUCUUGAAGAAGAACCAAAUCCGUGACUGGCUUCGUGUCAUUGCCUCUGACAAGCAAACUUUCGAACUUCGUUACUUCAACAUUUCUAACGAUGAGGAAGCCGAAGAUGAUGAAUAAAUAUUUCGUCUAACAUUAUAAUAAAAUAAUCUAUAUUUUGUUAUAUAUUUCACGCCUUCAUAUUUAU